CAGACCGAGAGGACUCGGUGAAAGAGAGGGGGAAUUGCGUUUGCGCUGGCUAGUCGCCCUGCCUCUACAAACUCUCCGAUCGGCUUGGCACUCUAUUGCUACCCGGCGACACGUUGAUCCGAGCUGCUCCGACCGCGACCCCCGGCUAACCCCUCGACGGUACUCGAGAACACAGGGCGGUAAUGACGCGCAAACUUUCAGGUCGAAUACGAUGAGUGUAGAGCCGGCCCGAACCUCGCUCUUACCACUCCGCGAGCUCUAAGACCGCCAUGUCGCGCGUUCCGGGCUAUGCACGAUCGGGAGCGAAUGGCUCCGGAGGCUAUACAAAUGGCUACUCCCGCGAGGGCGGAUAUGGAGGCUUGAGCGCCGCAGACGAUGACUAUCCGAGGAGACCUAGCGCCGAACGACGUCGCCGCCCAGGCGGCUAUGGUGGCUUGCCGCCCUCGGAGCAGGAGGACGAAGCGCCGCCUGUCCAGCGCCCAACGAGUCUCGAACGCACACAAGCACGCCGAAGGAGCGGAGAGCAGCGCCAUGGCGCCGGUCGCUAUGGCCCGGGAAGCCAGCAGAUGGAGGAUAUUCUGCAGUAUAUACAGCAGAAUUGGGAUUUCAUGACCACUGAGAAAUGCGUACCGAUUGAAGUAGCACUGAAGCUGAUGGAUUCGAGUUCCCUCGGACUCGCUGACCAGUACGGCCGCUUUCAGAGAACGCAUAAAGAGCUUCAGAACGCCCUGAAGGCUAUCGUGAAUGAGCAUCACCAGGGCUUCAAUAGCUCUAUCGGUACCUUCCAUAAAAUUCAGAACAGUCUUCAGCAAUCUCAGCAUCGCGUCCGAACUCUGAAAGAAUCUCUGACACAGGCAAAAUCGCACCUUUCCACUACCAAACCGGAGCUGAAGGAGUUCGCAACCGCCUCCCAGAACUACGAUGAGAUGAUCCAGGCCCUAAACACUAUUGAGCAGCUACAGCUUGUUCCGGACAAGCUGGAAGCUCGAAUAUCGGAAAAGCGAUUCCUGACGGCCGUCGAUAUUCUUCAGGACGCGCUGAGGAUGAUACGGAAGUUGGAAAUGGAGAACAUUGGCGCACUGAGCGAUCUGCACAUCUAUCUAAGCAACCAGGAGCAUUCGCUUACAGAUAUUCUGAUCGAAGAGCUGCACAACCACCUCUACCUCAAAUCGCCCUACUGUGAGGAUAGGUGGAAAGCAUAUGCUCAAAACCAACCGAAGGGUGACCUUUCGGAGCGUCCGCAAACUGGCUUGAGAGGGAGGCUCCUGUACCAUUUCUUGGGUGGUUUAGACACCUCAGAACCUAUGACAGAUGAUUCACCCCGGAAUCCGGAAGCAGACACCUUUCAAUACGUCCAACUCGUAGUGGAGUCGCUCAACAAGAUGAACCGCCUCGAAAUUGCUGUGGAUACUAUUGAGCAAAGGUUGCCUGUUGAGCUCUUCAAGGUUGUCGAGAAAUCGAAUAACGAAGUAGCGCAACGGCAUCCUAGUAUCUUGCGAGCAUAUGCCGCCAAGAAAGACGCAAAAUCCAAUGUCAGCGCAGAGAACGACGACAUACGGACAGGAGUCCUCAACGAUCUUCUGUGGACUCUUUAUGCUCGAUUUGAAGCUAUUGCGGAGAGCCACCGGGUCGUGCAUGAUGUCGUAGUAGGCAUCGUGCGCAGAGAGGGAAUCAGAAAUUCGUCCAGUGCAGCCUUAACACGGGGCUUCAAGGAGUUGUGGAAGUUGUAUCAGAGCGAAAUCCGCUCGUUGCUCCACGACUACCUCGCAACGGACGGCGAUCUCGCAUAUAGAGGCGGCCAAGGGCAGACACCAAACGCAAGCGCCUUCUCACGCGCUCCGCGUGACAAGAACAAGCGAAUGUUUAAGCUCACGGAUAUGGACACGAAAUCAUCCGAGCUCACGCAAGAGAGAGACGAUCUUGAAUUUAUUCUGAAGACAUCAGUUCCUGGCCUUGUCUCUGACUCCAAGAGGCCGGAAGACAUGUCCACAAACAACAGCACCAACCUUGAUGGCAGCGCAACCGGGCACAAACUGCUCGUCGAACCGAGUGUCUUUAACAUGGGCAUUCUUCUACCGCCAUCGCUUGCGUUCUUAGAGAGGCUGAAGGAAGUCGUACCUUCAAACGCCGACAUCGUCAUGAGCACCCUGACUUCUUUCCUCGACGACUUCCUCGUUAAUGUCUUCCACCCACAGCUCGACGAGACCCUGAUCGAGCUCUGCGCUCAGACUUUUAUCGAAUCGGACGCCUUUACUGAGGACCCGCAAUGGGCGCUGCAUUCGAAGAAACCUAUCUUCAAGGGUACCGUCAAGUUUUUUACCCUCAUUACAGCUUUCUGUAAGAUGCUGGACAACCUGCCACACGACCAGGCCUUCUCCCAACUCAUCAUCACGCAAAUGAGCACCUACGCUUCAAAAUGUUCGGGCGACUACAAACAGCUCCUUGCGCGAAGCAGGCCAAAACAGUCAACGGGGAGCCGGGUGAAAGCGCUCGCCGUCUUCGCCGGAUCCGAACACGAAAUCGGAGACACUAUUGCGCAGCUGUUCCAAGCGGAUGCGGAGAAGGCGCCGAAGCUUCUUGAGAAGAUGAUUUCGCUCUUGCUGGCCGAAGUGGAGAAGGAUCCUUUGGAUAAACAGGAUUUGGUCCAGGACAGGAAGAGUCUGCAGACCCUGUGCCUCAUGUACACCAGCAUGAAAUGGCUGGCUACGAAGGUCGCCCAGCUACGGUAUAUCAGCGAUCGCGCUAUAGACUCCACGAAGCCGGAGCCGGGAAGCCAGCGACACAACAGACGCUGGACGCUUCUCACGUCGGCAGAACCGAGAACGGAGGGCGUAGCCGUGUAUCUGCCCUUGAACGAAGAAACCGCCGCCGAAUUCGACGCAGUAAUCCAAACCUACCUCUCCCUAUCCACCCUCGUCCACCGGACCCUGCACCUCCUCCCGCGCCUUACCAUUCUCUCCUCCCUCGCCUCAGCUAUAAAACCAAACUACGAUCUCGACACACCCCUCACCGACCCAGACCCCUCCAUCCAGUCCCUCACCUCCAGGCUAACAGCAUACGACACCACGCUCUCCACCUACAUCCCGCCGCCUCAAUACGUCGUCAUAACCCGCGGUCUGUCUCCGCUAAUGGACACCUACCUCCUUCGCCUGUGCAGCACGCGCAUCAAAGAGAUGAACGCGAACGGGUGCGCGCUGCUCCAACUGAACAUCCUGGUCCUACAACAGAACCUGAAGAACAUAGAGCCCCAGGCGGAACUAAAGUACUCGGCGCUGUUUUUCGAUCUGUUCAAUGAAGGGCCCGACGCGAUUGUCAGCAGGGCGAAGAAGCAUGGGAAGAGCUUUGGGGUGCAGAAUGAGCUGUUCACGGAGAGCGUGGUCAAGGGGCUGUUGGGGCUGUGGUAUGGAGAGAGACUCAAGGACGAGAGGAGGGAGGUUGGACUGCAGGCGAGGAGGCAGCUAGAUGCGCAUUUGCUUGAGAUUAGUGAGUUCAUGUAUGAGCUAGGCGAAUGAGGGUUAGGAUAUAGGGGUACGGAUAGUUGGUUGUGAGCUUGUAUUAUAGAACGGUUGUCAUUUGAGCACUGAGAUAAUGUUCAGAGCUGCCAUGCUUCCAUUUGGGUAUUUGCUAAUAUUUCGCCGUUCAUGAUAUCUGCGUCCUCAU